GCCUGCUAUCUUUCAGCACUCCAAUACAAGCAACUGAAGCCAUCAAAAUUUACUUACGGAGCCUUCAAUCAACGUAAUAGUGGCAAAAACUGCUUGAUCUGCUCCUCGUAACUUCACAAUGCCAGACUCUGCACAGAUUAAUCGCUCCAUAUCGACCGUGCGGACAGAAUUGGAGUACCUGCGAGACACGGGCGUCCUUCUUCAACAGCAAUUUGACUCUAUCAUGGCGCAGCUUCCACAAAAUGGCCAACAAUCCUCUUACGUGGAUCCACGUUAUGGAGGACCACAAUGGGCACCCCCGGCUCAAAUCUUCAAUCAGGUCUCAGCAGCUGCACAGAAUCCGCAGAGUCCUGCGAAUCCUGAUCAUCCAAAGCACCACGAAUGGGCCAAAGGCAUGGCAAGUAAGUUCGGAAAUGCCAUGAUGUGGGGAGCAGGAGCUACCUUUGGUGGCGAUAUUGUCAAUGAUGUUAUGCAACAUAUCUAGUCAAAAGUCUAUAAAUCAUGCCAAAAUUGGUGAAAAUUCGCACAGA